UGCUCUGCAAGGGCAGCGGUUUUUGUGGAGCGAUGGGUAACGAUGCUUCGAGGGUGACUGUUGUUGAUGUGUGCAGAGGGUCCCUGGUUCGAGCCCUAGCAGGGUCUUGUAGAUGACCUGGAGCCAGGGAGUUUGGCGACGAGUGUGAAGCGAGGGCCAGCCAACGAGAGCGUACAGGUCGCAGUGAUUCGGCCUCGGUGUUUUGGGCGGGUCGAGACGGAGCAGCAGCGAUGGAGUGGUUCGGGACUGGAAACUCCCCUAUGUUUCCCGAAGAAGAAGAGGGUUACAGUGCCUCUGCCUCUUCUGUGCCAAGUAGCUUUCACAGCUCAUCACUGCAGGAGGAUGCCAGUGCAGAGUCCAUGGUGUCCCUGUGCCAGAGACAGCAGCAGUGUGUGAAGGCCUCUGUUUCCAGCUGGCAGUUAGUGGAGGCUCAGGACCAGCUGUGUGGGAUGGAGCUGCACGGCUCCGAGAGCGUCGAGCAGGAGCGUGCCCGCGCUGUCGCCGGCCAAUCGGAGCUCUCGCAGACUGAACAUGAGUGGCGCCGGAAGGAGAGCAUGCUGGGAGGGAGCAGGAGCCCCGUGCUCAGCGCUGACAGCAGCCGGGACAUGUUCGACAAGAGUAUUAUUAAUUGUAAAAACGUUGAAUUGGAGGUUCACGACAAGAGCAAAACCUUUGUUCAGAAGUAUGAAAAAGAAUUGAGACAUUUUGGCAUGUUGCGGAGGUGGGAUGACAGCCAGCGCUUCCUGUCUGACCUGCAUCACCUCAUCUGUGAGGAGACGGCCAACUACCUGAUCCUCUGGUGCUUUAGACUUCAGGCCGACGAGAAAGAGGCGUUGAUGGAGCAGGUCGCUCACCAGGCUGUUGCUAUGCAGUUUAUCCUGGAGAUGGCCAGCACCUCCCAGCAGGAUCCCAGAGGCUGCUUCCGUCACUUCUUCCACAAAGCCAAAGCAGGACAAGAGGGGUACUUAAAUGUCUUCCAUGCUGAGCUAGAGGCCUUUAAGCAGAGAGUAAAAGAGUACACUGUCAAGUUCAAAGGAGAGACCCUCUCCAAUGACACACCGCUCCAGAGCAGUACAGCACGCUGUCAUCUGGAUCCCAAAGAGGUUCUAGAAUCUUUACCCCCAGAACUGAAGGCAGGGUUCCAGCUGCAAGACAUGCAGAUUCUCCAGAAUGUUCUCAGCACCAUGAAUCCACAGGUGGCAGAGUACCAUGUGAAGCGUUGUCUGGAGUCCGGCUUGUGGACGAACAAAGAAGGGAGACGGUCCAAGGAGGAAGUUAAUCCAGAAACAGACGACCUGCGCAUGAUGGAGACAUAACGACUGUGGUGCACGCUCCCUCCAUCUCUCCCAUAGGAAUUGACACUCAAUAGGAAAAGGGCUGAGCUCCCCACAGAGACUUAUUUUUGUAUGCAGCAGAAUCUGCGCCUGAAUGUGUCUUGCACUUUAUAUUUGUUCAAAACAAUCUAUUUAAAGAAGGCGAGUGGUAGGUAUUUUGAGGCACUUACCUUACCUUUUCUCAUAUAGCUAGAGUAUCUCUACUCAUGUCAUAUCUUGAUUGUUUUAGCAGAGUGAACCUUGCUUUGUAAGGAAGUCAUCUUUACACAUGAAUUUACAAGAACUACUUCAAACUUU